UCUCUGUCUAACUGAUGGAAUUUGUGGGUUGGGACAUCAGUUCUUUUGGUGUUUGUGUAGCCGUUAAAUACCAGCGACUCAGUGAAUUUUGGACACUCUACAGAGAGGGCAUCUUACACCCAGACACAGACACCGAGUCACCUCCUGAAGAACAGAUCGUAUUCUGUGACAGUGCCAACGAUGCUAAAGUGUGUCCAGAUUCCAGUUUUCCAACUAGUAGUCCUGCUGCUUCCAGCCUCUCUGGGCUCCGACCUAUACAUGCCACUGGACUGUGCGGACAUCCACCAUCACGAGGGCAGCAAGCCCAGCGGGGUGUACAACAUCUUCCCUGGAGGACCCAACGCCCCCCUCAAGGUCUACUGCGACAUGGAGACCGAUGGUGGGGGCUGGACCGUGUUCCAGAAGAGGAUGGAUGGCUCGGUGAACUUCUACAGGAGCUGGGAGAGCUACAAGCUGGGCUUUGGGGACAUCGCAGCGGAGUACUGGCUAGGCCUGGACAACAUGGUGCUGCUGAGUCUGAGAAGGAGGAAUGAGCUAAGGGUAGACAUGGAGCACUGGGAUGGGAACAAGGCGCAUGCUCAAUACUCUUCCUUCUCUGUGGACCCCGAGCAGUUGGACUACACAUUACACCUGGGGACUUAUGUCGGGGGUGAAGCAGGUGACGCUUUGAAAAAACCCAAUGGCAUGAAGUUCUCCACCUAUGACAAAGACCAGGACACAUAUGAUAAGAACUGUGCUAGCCAGUUUAUGGGUGGUUUCUGGUACCAACGCUGCAGUGAUGCCAACCCCAAUGGCCUUUACAUACCAGACUCGCGCUCUCCACAUGGCAACGUGCAUGUCAGAUGGGACACGUGGUCAGGGUCUAGUGUGAAGACCAUCUCGAUGAAGAUGAGGGCAUUGUCCAAGUGUAGCAGUUAGAUAUCCUGAUGGAUUCCAAAACCUAAAGGUGGCUUCUCAUGCAAAAAAUGAUUAAGUAUAUAGGCUACAGUAUACGUAAAACUACAUAAAAUCAACAUGCAAGUUACGAAAUUUGCCUAGAUAAAACAUACAAGUAAUCACACAAGUACAUUAAUUUACAAUGUUUAUGAGCUGCAAGAGCGCAUUUUAUAUGGACAGAAUGUGUACAACAGUGUGUGUACAGUAUAUGAAAAUAAUGCAUGGGCCACUGUUAUAUUUGCCAGAGGAUAAUUUGACACAGUAGGAUGUGUAGUUCAUAACUUUGUGCAUUUCAUGUACCUGUACUUUGUAUUUCUUUUUUUGUGGGCCAUGUUCUAGCCACACUCCAGAUACUUAAAAGUUGUAACAUUUGUUUUCCAACUUUUGUUCUUUUUCGUCUAAACAAUCUUAGUCCCAUUAGUAUCUUUUCAAUAGUGCUGUAAUAGCAGAGAGGUGGUAGCAUGUUUAGCAUGGUUGUUAGCAUGACUGUAAUGCCUUGUUAGUCAAUAGUUAGCCUUGGUAGAUCUAUCUGGUACAUUUUGAACGUUUGAAUAUUAAAGAUCAUUA